UCAACCAAUCACAAUUCUACAUACAAGUCAGGCUCUGGAUUUCUGUGACAGGUACCGUACCGUGUGUGGAACCUAGUGCAUUUGUUUUCGUCAUAUUUGACUUAAAUAGAACAAGCAUUAAGACAUGGCCUUUGCUCAAGUAGUAAUCGGACCACCUGGAUCUGGUAAGACCACCUACUCCAAGGGAAUGAAGGAAUUCCUCUCACAAACCGGACGCAAAGUGACCAUCGUGAACCUGGACCCGGCCAACGACUUUCUCCCUUACGACGUUGGAGUGGACAUCUCUGACCUUGUCACCCUCUCAGACGUCAUGGAGAAGCUUCGGCUUGGACCCAAUGGAGGCCUGGUCUAUUGCAUGGAGUAUUUGGAGAAGAACCUGGACUGGUUGAAGGGCCAGUUGGAUAAGUUAAAGGAUCAUUACUUUCUCUUUGACUGUCCUGGUCAGGUUGAGCUCUACACACAUCACGAUUCAGUGAAGAACAUUGUCGCCCAGCUCCAGAAGUGGAAUUUCAAGUUGGUGUCUGUUCAUCUAGUUGAUGCCCACUACUGCAGUGAUCCAGCCAAGUUCAUCAGUGUCCUCCUCACUUCUCUAUCCACCAUGCUACAAAUGGAACUACCUCACGUUAAUCUCCUGUCAAAGAUUGACCUGGUGGAGCAGUAUGGAAGAUUACCAUUCAACCUGGACUACUUCACAGAGGUGUUGGAUCUAGGCUACCUGCUGUCACAUCUAGAAGAAGACCCGUUUCUCAAGAAGUUUAAGAAGCUGAACGAGGCCCUCAUCGGUCUGGUGGAAGACUACAGUCUUGUUUCUUUCAUCCCUCUCAACAUUCAAGACAAGGACAGUGUGUUGAAUGCCGUCAAGACGAUAGACAAAGCCAAUGGCUAUGUCUUUGGAGAUCUUGAAGAACGGAAUCUAAAGGCUUUGAUGUCCUGUGCUGUGGGAGCUGACUUCGAAUUCUUCAAAACGGCUAGUGUCCAAGAAAAGUACAUGCAGAAAAACCCUACUCCGCUGGAUGAAGCCUCCGCUGCCCCUGAAGACAUGGACACGUGACCCAGAGAUUGACAGUUGACUCCAGUUUAGUCGAGUCUACCAUGGCCAUUAGAAAAUGAACAUUGCAUUGACCAUGAUUGCAUUUUCACUUGCUUCGGUACCAACCAAUAGGCAAUAAAAGAUUGACCGUUGACCCCGGUCUAGUCGAGUCUACCGUGGCCGUUGAAAAUGAUCAUUGUCCACGAUUGGAUCUUCACCUGCUUGGGUACCCACCAAUAGGCAAUAAAGAGAUUGACCGUUGACCCCAGUCAAGUCGCGUCUACCAUGGCCGUUGAAAAUGAUCAUUGACCACGAUGGGAUGUUCACUUGCUUGGGUACCCACCCAUAGGCAAUAAAGAGAGUGGUGUUUUAUUCCAAAAUACCUUGUGUCUUUUGGACAUUUUAUAACAGAAAGGAACGAAUCGAGGUGGAGGUGAACUACAAGCAGCCUGCUGCCCAGGGGACGUACAGUUCACUUCCCAUACCUGGAAGUAGGAAAGUAGAAUAAUGGGAAAGUUGGCUUUUGUUUAACCUAAGAAUGGUCUGAUUCUCGAUGCUAAGAUACUUGUCUGGUGGUUAGUGGAUAGCUAAAUUCAAAUACUUGACUGUCAAUGUUCAAUUCCAAGUCAUUUUUUUUUCAAGUAAAUCAAGAAAAUCAUAUGCAUGUAUGUGUAUGUUCAAUGUGUGAGCAAAAAUUUCCUACCUGUAUGUUUACUUAAACUCAAUUUAACCAAGGGAAGGACUGGGGUCAUUCUUUCAUGAACUCAAUUAGUUCUCUGUCUCUAAAAAUCAGAAAGACUUGGAAUUUUAAUCCUUAUUCAAGGGUAAUAAAGUUUAGUAUAUUGUUUAUAGAUAUUUUUUUGAUUUUCUACCUUGGUGGGGAAGUGUUGCAGGGUUAACUUCAUGAUUUCCUUGAUGUUUACACUAUUAUUCAUAGGGUAAUUUUCAACAUCCAUUCCCGCAAUUUAUGGUACUAUCAGUAUCCAGUUGUGAUCAGUAGCAUGUCAUUCACUCAUUACCACCUUUUUUAACUCUGCAAGCUGAAUUAAUUUUAAUUAUUAUUAUAUAGAUGCCAUCCAAGAACUGUUGCUACAGUAUUUUUUUAGCUUAUCUAAUUUGAAGGUACAUGUAGGGGGGGGGAGAAAAAUAAUUAUGACGAUGGUUGAAUUUAAUUGUACAAAUGUGCAAAAUUGCAACAUCAGCGCGCAAAGGGUUAAAACAGAUUACAACAGGCGAUCAUUAUUAGGAUAUCCCCACUUUUGAUCGGUGGCACGUUUUCGCUCCAAAACAUUGACAUAGUAAUGCUCUCUGCAUGUGUUUUUUUUGUUUGCUCCUUAUAAAAAUAAUGACGCUAAUGUGAUAGACCAUUCAAUAUGUUUGCAGAUCUUCUCCUUCAUUGACAUUCCUGACCUUUUGGAAGUCAUUAUUUGGUAUAUUUUUUGUCCACAAUGUCCGCAAGUCUCAUCAAAGAAAAUUCACAUUUCUUCAAGUUUGUUUCGAGUUCAUUUUCCUCAGAAUUUUCAAGCACUGUUCUAGAUUUUCCUCAUUGUUUUUUUUCCUGUAAUAAUCAUGUCAUCAAGCGUACACUGGGUACUUAGUGUACCCUGGAGGAUUUGUUCCAUGGUUCUUUGCCACUAAUAGCUGGGGCAGACGACAUCCGAACACUAAAGCGAUUAUAUUCGUACAACCCCUUAUGUGAGUUGAUAGCAAUUUCUGUGAUCUUUCCUGGGCCCUGUCUUAAAAAGAGUUACGAUCGAUCCAAUCAUCGCAACUACAUGUAUGGAUGACCAGCAAAGUCAACGUACAAAAUUCAUGUUCAAAAAAAUUUCUAGAUAUGAUGUAUACUUAUGAUUUCAUUUAUUUCUUGACAAUUUGCUG